AUGGGCGUCUAUGAUCAGAAGGCGAUCAACGAUCAAAACUCGAAUCUGAUAAUCCGCGAGUGCUACCAGAGGCUUGCGCUGCUGCACUUCAAGGUUCACAUUCACCUCAACUCUCUUCUCAUGCGUCACUUUCCACAAUUCAAAACGUUCGACUACUUGACCCCGAGCAUGCUCAAAGUCGAGGUACCCUCUCCAAACUCAUAUUGGGAUGAUGAUGGGGCAGCAUUUCCCCAACGGGUGCAAACAGCAGGAACACUCGCUAGCCUAGUCCUUCAACGCACCGAUGUUACACGCGUAUCGGGUCUUGUAGCUUGGGACUUUUGCUUAGGGAUGGUCAUUGGGUGUUAUCUGGUGAGACCGGCGGAUGAGGGACACCGUGAACUGGUGAAACGGCUGGAACCCUUUCUGUUUGCACAUCUCCAUCAUCCCGAAGACCAUAGAUAA